UCGUCUCCUUCCUUAUCUUAAUUUGUUUUGUUGAUCUCUUUUGGUUUGCCCUUCGCCCCUGUCGUAAAGUUAGGGUGUUGGUUGCUGACGCACACAUGCAACUCUCUGUUUUUCUCAACCUGAUGUACGCCGCAGCUGUCUGGAUUGCCGCUUAUGCUGCCACAGUCCUCGUCUUUUUCCGAUUCUACUGAGUCUGUCUUCGUCGUCGUUGUCAGCAAAAGCAAUAGCUGGAGCACAAGUAGCCGAUAGGAUAGUCGUAAGCGUCCGCGAUGGGCUUCGCGCAGCUUGUUAUUGGACCUGCCGGAAGCGGCAAGUCAACUUACUGUUCUAGCUUAUAUCAACACUGCGAGACCGUGAGAAGGACUAUGCAUAUAGUGAAUUUAGACCCAGCAGCUGAAAAUUUCGACUAUCCUGUCGCUAUGGAUAUAAGAGAGCUCAUAUCCUUGGAUGAUGUCAUGGAGGAACUUGGAUUGGGCCCGAAUGGGGGGCUUAUCUAUUGCAUGGAGCACCUAGAAGAUAGCCUGGAUGAUUGGUUGACAGUUGAACUGGACAACUAUUUGGAUGAUGACUAUCUUGUGUUUGAUUGUCCAGGUCAGAUUGAACUCUUUACACAUGUUCCUGUUCUGCGAAACUUUGUGGACCAUCUAAAGCGCAAGAAUUUCAAUGUCUGUGCUGUAUACUUGCUUGAUUCACAGUUCAUGACAGAUGUGCCGAAGUAUAUAAGUGGUUGCCUGGCAUCUCUUUCUGCGAUGGUUCAGCUUGAACUACCUCAUGUCAACAUUCUUUCAAAAAUGGACUUGGUGACAGAUAAAAAGGAUGUUGAGAAUUACUUAAAUCCAGAGGCAAAGAUUCUGCUGUCUGAGUUGAAUAAGCACAUGGCUCCUCGGUUUGCAAACCUGAAUAAAGCUUUGGCAGAACUGAUUGAUGACUACAGCAUGGUCAACUUUAUACCCCUCGACUUAAGGAAGGAGAGCAGCAUUCAGUAUGUAUUAUCGUGCAUUGACAACUGCAUCCAGUACGGUGAAGAUGCCGAUGUGAAGAUCAAGGAUUUUGAUCCGGACGAAGACGAUUAAUUCAAUUAUCAAUGCUGGGAACAUAAGGAACCCCCACCAUGACAAAAUAUCCCAACUUUUCAUUUUGUAAAGCCUCCUUUUUCCUUUCUCUACAGUCUUCGACCAGAAGUUUGUUAAUCAUCUCAACCUUCUUGCAUUUGGUUACAUUUCAGGAAAGUUAAAUACUGUUUUCAACUUUAAACUGUUCA